CUUACUUACUUAACUGAAAUUCAUGAACCGUUACAUUACACUUCUGGUUGCACAACAUCAACCAAGUACAGUCAAUAACCAUCUACACAUGCGAAGUUACCGAUCAGUCCCAAACGCCAUUUCGGGCUUGCGCCUAGGGACAGUGAUAAUCGAAUGCACAAUGUCACAUGUCAGCUCAGAGAAAGUACAAUCUGUCCAAACUCGAUACAGCAAGGUCUUCAUGCCCCGGACCCGUCCUGGAUCCUACCCUCAAAUUGCAACCAUGCCUAGGGGAAUAAUAAGGCGAAGUUGGUUCCGGCAAGCACACACCACCCGUACCAGUCUUGCAACAAACUUUCCGAAGAGCUGCAGGCGAUAUUAUCUGAUGAUCUCGCGAGGAUCGCAGCCAAGCAGGCGGAGAAUCAUGAUAGUUAUAACAACGAGGACGGUCAAGGCGAAGGAGAAAAGGAGAAGGAGAAGAAUAAAGAGUAGCAGAUCGUGAAUCAUGAUGAGCAACGGGACCUAGAAGCAGGGAUAGAGUAAUCCUUGGCGUGAUGAUGUACUGGACUUUGAUAUGAGAACGGAAACCUUUCUUCGAUGAGCUGAAGUGGUGUGGAUCGUUACCCGACUGUAACUAAACCUCUAAUAGUCUAGCUGCGUAAACCACUAAAGAGUCUGUAAGGGUUUGUGCUAAUAAGUAAGUCCUGCUGCGGAGUCCUUUAGCAAUAAUA